AAAAAUUAUGAAAGAAAAUGAUGCAUUGCUUAAAAAAAUAAAUCAGGUAUCUAGUCAAUAUACUGCAGCAGAUUUUAUAAAAGAUUGGAAACAUUUGAGAGCAAGAUUAGAUGUUGAAAAAAAAAGGAAAACCGAAAAAUUAAAAAGGACUGUUGUAACACCAGGUAUGAAGAAGGACUAUUGUAUGCUCUAUGAUGCAGCACUGUUUCAUACUUUAGAUCAAUCAGUUAGAAGUAGGUGCUUUUUAGAGAUCAAAGAUCAAGAAAAUAAACAAAUUUUGGGAACCAUUGUGAUCGAACUCUAUAUCGAUAUCGUACCUAAAACGUGUGCGAAUUUUGAAGCUUUCUGUCGUGGAACAAAUGGAUUAUCUUACAAGUAA